CCCAGUAACAGAGAUACCCCAGAGAGAUGUCCCCGUCCUCUGUAUUCCCAGGAUUGUACAGAGGAGAAUCACAGGAUCCCACAGGAGGAUCAGGGUGAAGCCCAAUUAAAUAAUAUUAAAAUCAAAGAUACAGAGGGAGAAGAAGAAACGUAUGUGACUGAUAUGAAGGCAGAAGAUAUAGAGGGAGAAGAAGAGACGUAUGUGACUGCUAUAAAGGCAGAAGAUAUAGAGGGAGAACAAGACACGUAUGUGACUGAUAUAAAGGCAGAAGAUAUAGAGGGAGAAGAAGAGACGUAUGUGACUGAUAUAAAGGCAGAAGAUAUAGAGGGAGAAGAAGAGACGUAUGUGACUGAUAUGAAGGCAGAAGAUAUAGAGGGAGAAGAAGAGACGUAUGUGAGGGGGGAUCAGCAGUGUAAGGAAGAGGAGAUCCCUACAGAUAUCAGCACAGCAGAUGGACCCACAAGCAGGAAUAUCUCAGAAGUACAUCUAAUGUUAUCCCUGGAUUGUGACAUAACAGAUAAUGACAGUAGACAGGAUUCUCCAGGAGAUAAUCCCAUUACCCCAAUUAUACAUCCAGCUCUAUCAACUAAUCCCCCUGAUCCUGGGAAAUGUUCUCCAAAUCACUCUGAUAUUGGUGCAUCUAUUACAGCUCUGAGAUUAGAUACAGAGUUUCCCUGUUCUACAGACGCCAAAUGUUUUACACAGAACACAAACCGUAUUACUCAUCAGCCAGCUAAGGCAGGUGAGAGGCCAUUUCCAUGUUCUGAGUGUGGGAAAUGUUUUACAUAUAAAUCAAAUCUUGUUACACAUCAGAGAAGUCACACAGGUGAGAAGCCGUAUUCCUGUUCUGAGUGUGGGAAAUGUUUUACACAGAAAUCAGAUCUUGUUACACAUCAGAGAAGUCACACUGGUGAGAAGCCAUUUCCAUGUUCUGAGUGUGGGAAUUUUUUUACAUAUAAAUCAAAUCUUGUUACACAUCAGAGAAGUCACACAGGUGAGAAGCCGUAUUCCUGUUCUGAGUGUGGGAAAUGUUUUGUAGAGAAAUCAGGUCUUGUUAUACAUCAGAGAAGUCACACAGGUGAGAAGCCGUAUUCCUGUUCUGAGUGUGGGAAAUGUUUUGCACAGAAAUCAAAUCUUGUUACACAUCAGAGAAGUCACACAGGUGAGAAGCCAUAUACCUGUUCUGAGUGUGGGAAAUGUUUUUCAUCUAAAUCAGUUCUUGUUAGACAUCAGAAAAGGCACACAGGUGAGAAGCCGUAUUCCUGUUCUGAGUGUGGGAAAUGUUUUGCACAGAAAUCAGUUCUUGUUAAACAUCAGCGAUUUCACAGGUGAGAAGCCAUUUUCAUGCUGUGAGAGAAAUAAAUCCGCUCUUGUUGAACAUAUUAGACAUUACCCAAGCACGGAACCAUUUAAAUCUUCUGGAGUAUAAUUAUCACUGUCAUGCAAUGUUCCUCAAGGGUCAAUCCUAUCUCCUAUGCGUCAUGCAAUAUACAGUCUGGUCCAUAUAUAUUGGGACAUCGACACAAUUCUCAUAUUUUGGGCUCUAUACACCACCACAAUGGAUUUGAAAUUAGACAAACAAGAUGUGCUUUAACUGCAGACUUUCCGCUUUAAUUUGAGGGUAUUUACAUACAAAUCAGGUGAACUGUGUAGGAAUUAAAAUGGUUUUUAUAUGUGCCUCCCACUUUUUAAGGGACCAAAAGUAAUGGUACAAACUAAACAAUCCUAAAUCAAAUAUUGUAAAUCAGAUCAGUGCGCUCGUCCAGUUCAACAAAAAAUACUUUACUACUUAAUGUGGUCGCAGCCCGGAUCAGUGUUUCGUGAAUUGAGCUUUGACAUAUUUUCCAAGGGCGAUCUGAUUACCAUCUCCUAGAUGAAGACCUGGAUACAAUAUCCAUACUGAUAUGCAAAUAUUUAUUUAUCUGGUACGCAUAUAAAUUUUGUGAUAACUGAAUUUAAUCCCACAUACGGAAAUAUACUACGCUAUAUAGCGAUUCUUUGUGUCUCCUAGCAGCAUUUAGAUCCCAGUAGUAACCUGGACUAAAGAAUGGGGGACUGAUACGCCAUGUGUCAAGCCGUAAUCCGUACGCUAUAAUCUUGUGUGUGACAAAACUAGUGAUGAGCGGAUUCGGUUUUACUCUGUUCUCAAAACGGCAUCUUAUUGGCUUACAGAUGUCAUGUGUUUUGUAUAGCCAAUAAGAUUCUGUUUUGAGAUCCGAGUAAAACCGAAUCCGCUCAUCACUAGACAAAACUGAUUGAAAAAUACUACACCAUAGUCGCUCUCUUGUUUCUUCCUUUGUUUCCAGAAUCCUAAAUCAAACUUUUACUUUUUAAUAUUUUGUUGCAAAUCCUUUUGUCAGUUACAGCCUGAAGUCUGGAACGCAUAGACAUCACCAGACGCUGGGUUUCAUCCCUGGUGAUGCUAUGCCAGGCCUCUACUGCAAAUGUCUUCAGAUCCUGCUUGUUCUUGGGGCAUUUUCUCUUCCGUUUUGUCUUCAUCAAGUGAAAUGCAUGCUCAAUCGGAUUCAGGUCAGGUGAUUGACUUGGCCAUUGCAUAACAUUCCACUUAUUUGCCUAAAAAAACCCGCUUUGGUUGCUUUCGCAGUAUGCGUCGGGUCAUUGUCCAUCUGCACUGUGAAGCGCCUUCCAGUGAGUUCCGAAGCAUUUGACUGAAUAUGAGCAGAUAAUAUUGCCCAAAACACUUCAGCAUUCAUCCUGCUGCUUUUAUCAGCAGUCACAUUAUCAAUAAAUACAAAGGAACCAGUUCCAUUGGCAUCCAUACAUGCCCACGCCAUGACACUACCACCACCAUGCUUCACUGAUGAGGUGGUAUGUUUUGGAUCCUGAGCAGUUCCUUUCCUUCUCCAUACUCUUCUCUUCCCAUCACUCUGGUACAAGUUGAUAUUUGUCUCAUCUGUCCAUAGGAUGUUGUUCCAGAACUGUAAAGGCUUUUUUAGAUGUUGUUUGCAAACUCUAAUCUGGUCUUCCUGUUUUAUUGCUCACCAAUGGUUUACAUCUUGUGGUGAACCCUCUAUAUUCACUCUUGUGAAGUCUUCUCUUGAUUGUUGACUUUGACACAUAUACACCUAUCUCCUGGAGAGUGUUCUUGAUCUGGGCAACUGUUGUGAUGGGGUUUGUGCUAUUUAGUACACUAGUAGUGUACUAAAUAGCACGAACAGCUUGUAACGUAGAGUGGCAAGUUUAAUCUUUCUAUGUAUAAUGGAGAGAAAUAAAAGCUCCUCCCUAAGUUCCUGGAUGCCAAAUCACUGUCCUUAGUAUCUCUGUACAGUUUUUUCUAUUAGAGUACUAAUUAGCAGGAACAGCUUAUAAUGUACAACAUAGAUUCUCUAACGCCGACGAUCUACAGUACUGUGUUGCUCGAACAGUUAGUUGCGUCAGAAUACACUAAUUUAUAUCUACUGUUAUGUCUAUACGUGCUCAUUACUGCUGUGUAUUUUAGAUAGUGAAUGAGUCACUCCUGCAGAUUUACCCCGAUUUGUGGGAAACCUGUGUGCACCCUUCUGUUGAAUGCUUUACAAUGGAUUACACAGAAAAAAUAAUAAAGUGAAUGUCACUGGAACACAAAAAAAAUUGACACUUUGGGAAUCGAACCCGGGACUCUCAGCGUGGCAGACCGGAGCCUUCAUCGCUAGCCCACAGCACUGCAUGGAAGAUUCUCAAGUUCAUGUGUAAAAGUACUGCAAAGAGCGAUUCCUCCCCAUUGGUGUUUGUUUAUGCCGUUAGGGGACUCGGACGCUCAUUUUAUGCACUGUACAUACUGUAAAGUCAAUGAGCUACAUUAUUCCUUUCACACAUUAGUUGUGUCUGCAUACACAAGUGUUUUAAAACGUUAAUUUGCAUCUGUAUAAACUAUACACACAGGGAUUUGGCAUCCAGAAACUUAGGGAGGAGCUUUUAUCUCUCCCUAUUAUACUUAAUACUACAGGAUUUGGACACUCGCAUAUCCCUAACAUCAAUAGACCAUACUGUAUCUGUAACACGUUCGUUUGCAUCUGUAUGUGCUGUACUAUUUGCACCUGUACUGUAUAUACUGUUAUAGACUUUAUGACAUACUGUAGCAUAAUGUAGAGUAAUGAGAUGCACCAGUAAAGUAGUUCUUACGCUGUAGUUCAGUAUUGUAUUUUAAUGGAGACCACACGCUUGCGCAUUGGUGAUUUAAAAAAGCGACAUCUGGUGGAUGAUCUUCGGUAUUACACUCAAAGGUAACGCCAAACGCUCUGUGUGCCUUCCUACGACUAGGCGCGCCUCCUUGCACCCAGGUACGCUGCGUAUGCCUGAUCGCGACUAACGCCUCAGCCAGCCAAGAUAACGGAGGACCCAUCUGUAUAUUUAGUUCCUAAAUAACUCAUCCCAAAUGCUUAGGUCUUUUUUCUGCUGUUUAUUUUGUAUCUUGUGCUUUGUGUAAAUGUGGAUGUCUAAUACCAGUUUCCACAAUCUGUAUUGCUGCACGACAAUAUGGCGGCCAUUGGAACGUGUUUUCACUUCUAGUUUGCCUAACUUGUUGCAGACACUCAUCUUGAUAAGGAGUGCUGAGUGUUUUCUGAUACAAGAUCCUAUCCAUAUAUACCCUGUACAUUAUCAUGUGCAUUAGAGUCACCCGGGUUCCAUCUUCAGUGGUUUGUUGUAUGUUACAUCUAUAUGGUGCGGAUACUCCCCUGUAUUUCAUAAUAAAAGCUUUUGUUUGCAUCUAA